AUGGCAAAAUAUUUCUUGCUUCGUCUCGUUUUAUUUCUUGGUACUGCAGCUACUUCAACUCAAUCUCGAAGCUGUAAUCAAGUUUACAAUGUGAUUGAUUAUGGAGCUGUUGGAGACGGGGAUACUGAUGAUACCCAGGCCUUCAAGGAUGCAUGGAAGGAUGCGUGCAAGUCUUCAUCAUGCUCACCGAUCAUACAAGUUCCUAGUGGCAAAUCAUUCUUGCUCCAGCCCCUGACCUUCAAUGGCGAAUGCAAACCCGAUCAGAUUAUUUUCCAGAUUGAUGGAACGAUGAAGGCACCAAGUGAUCCCAGUGACUGGAAAUGCCAAGAACACAGAUAUUGUAAGCAAUGGAUUACCUUUGAUGAGGUUGAUAACCUUAUGAUUCGUGGCUCCGGUACCAUGGAUGGUCAAGGAUCAACAUGGUGGGAACGUCAUUCCUCUUGUAAAGAUCACAAGCAUAGAGAUAAAAGAGUUUGCGGUAGAAAACCAACGGGUUUAGUAAUAUCAAAUUCCCAGAAUGUUCAUCUCGAGGGCUUGACGUUCAAGGACAGUCCACAGAUGCAUAUGGCUUUUGAGAGAUCCGAGUGGGUGUAUGCCUCUAACCUCACUAUCCAAGCCCCUGGAGAUAGCCCCAACACCGAUGGAAUUCAUCUCCAGCAUGCCAAAAAUAUCUUUAUAGAUUAUAGUCGCAUCAUGACUGGUGAUGAUUGUAUCUCGAUCGGGGACGGUUCAUCCCAAAUUAAUAUUACCCGUAUUGCAUGUGGUCCGGGUCACGGAAUAAGCAUUGGGAGCCUAGGAAUAGAUGGAGAAAAUGAGACAGUAGAAGAUGUCCAUGUUAGCGACGUUGUAUUUACAGAAACUACAAAUGGGGCCAGGAUAAAGACUUGGCAGGGUGGAAAGGGGUUUGCUAGAAACGUUGUCUUCGAAAACAUAAGGUCUGAGGGUGCAAGAAACCCUAUAAUUAUCGACCAAUAUUAUUGUGAUCAUAAACAUUGCACAGAUCAUAGUUCAGCAGUAAAGAUUAGCAGCAUUCGAUUUGAAAAUAUAUAUGGGACAUCCCACAGAAAACCCGCUGUGAAUAUCGCUUGCAGUAAGUCAGUGCCGUGCACUGAUAUCGUGCUCAGCAAUAUUCAUUUGGAGGCAGCAGGCGACGGCGACGGCGACGGCGACGAGCCAUUUACAUAUUGUGCGAAUGUUCAAGGACAUGCAAUGGGCCAUGUCUUUCCACCACUCACCUGCCUGUCUUCAAAUUAA